AUGCAGCUGAGCAGUGUGAUUUUUCGGCUGCUCGUGGCGGCCUCCGUGGCAUCUGCUAACCGACUGAGGUCAGCGGCAAAGGACAAGUACGGCUUCUAUUUCCCCGUGCACAGCCAGAUCCCGUCCACGCUCAAUGUCCUUCAAUCCGUGCGCCGGUUCUACCCCAACUCGCCAAUCUACGUGUUGCAGGACGGCGGAAAUGUGGAUUUCGGCCCGCUGUGCAAAACCAAGAAGUACAACUGCAUGUUCGAGAGCGUCAAAGGCGAGAACAGCCGAUGGAACCCUCACAGCUGGUUCGCACGCUUCCGCGAAGCGACCAAGGCCUUGGGAACGGAGUACGUGAUCUACUUGGAGCCGGAUGUGCUGGUCAGGAAGCACCACGCCAUUGAGCCCAAGAACGAUGCGGGUGGCAUCUUCGACGAUUUCAACCCGCACAUGCAUCCGGACACCAUCAAAUACUUGGAGAAGAUGGGCCGAGAGCGCAAUCCACACUUCAAUGUGUCCUGGAUCCACUUCGGCCUUAGCGGAGGAUCCUACUACAAGGCAGAGGCCAUCUUAGACGCCUUCGACCCGAAGUGGGUGCGACGCCUUGACUUCGAAGGCAUGGAGAAGCGUGAGGGAGACAAGACCAUGAGCAGCGAUUUCGCCAUGCUGGUUGCCCUGUAUGCCCGCGGAUGGGAUGUGUACCCAUGGGAUGAGGUUUCUCAGCACUGGCUGGCCCCUCGCAAGCCCGGUGAACCCGAAAGGAAGUCAGAGAAGAUGAGCGCAGCCUUCGAGCACAACCACAAGGAGCACUACAACGAUCAUGUGCCGGACGAAGAGCGUAAGCUGAUCACCACCUUGGUGGAGAGGCACCAGGACACAACCUGCCAUGGCUGCGUCUGGUACCAUGAUGCCGAUCCGAAGCAGGUGCGUCCCAUCCCGGGCAAGCAGCCACCCAUGCCGGCCGCUGGACGGAACCAGGGACGUACUAUCAGGGUUUCGGAUUCGGGAUUGAAGGCUGGUAGGCUUUGA